UCCAACAGUAGACGUGGGGGCACAUUGGUGGCACGAGAACAUUCUACGAGCGCGCACGACCUGGCCUUUCUCUACAGCUUGCUCGACAUCGCGCGCACUUAUUGUCCAAUUCCGUCAGUCUGGAUGCGCCCAAUUUACAAAAUCAAAUAACGGCAGGCCCCGGUGCGCGUCUCGAAGCCAUGCGAAAAGAAUCGGAACCGACCGCGAACUCGCCUCAGAACGGCGUUUCUCACGGCUUGCCGCCGGCUUUGCGCACUGAAACUCCAUCGGGCUUUACAGCAGUCAACAGCGAAAACCAGCGGCACACGUCAUUUCGUCCAGAUGCUUCUGCAAGACCAUCGAUCAGUGACCCUAUUGACAAUAAGCCCAUCGUCUCUAGUGCCUCACCUCGUAGCAGCACACGCGAAAGCGACGGCCGAAACCACGGUUGGCGGCCGGAUGAGCGUGAGCGCGAGCGCGAGCGCGAGCGACGGGAUCAUGAUUCUGAAACUUCGCGGUCUGGAGGCACUAACAUGACAGGGAAGCGCAAGCGCGACGAUCCUGCGAGCCGCGAGCAGGACGAUCGCGACAAGAAUGGAGCAACCGACGAGCAUGAGUCGCCGAAGCGACGUGCUACAGAGUCGAUGACGGGAUCAAAAUCGCCGUCUGUUCACGAGCCUAAGCCAGCGCCGGAAGGAACCCCUCCCACGAACGACAUGCCGCCAUCAAAACGACGGUACGUAAUCUUAAUGUCCCAUUUCAAAUCAUUCACGACACGAAAUGAAAUGAAAGCAUAGUCGUUUUUACUCAGAAUAUGCGAUUAGUAUCAUUACACAUGCGCGAAAUGUACAAAACUUAUUGACAUUAAUCACAGCGAGCAAUCCCCGGCGUACUUGUGGAACCGAACUGCGCCACCUCCGACUCCUAGCAAAGAAGUUGCUGCGUCACUGGCGGAAUCGGUACAGCGCGAAUUUCCUGAGGCGCAAUCCUCGGACGACGAGGACGCCGAUGAAUCAAGUCCCGCAAAUGAGCGACAAUCGACUGAGCAGACUGCUCCAGACGAUCCCUCGGACCCCAAGAAACGGAAACGUCAAUUCAGCAAUCGCACCAAGACCGGUUGUCACACCUGCCGGAGCCGCAAA